UACGCUAUAAUACUCUUUUUCCACCACCUCACCCUCUCGAAUGCGCUCUCCCCACGCCGGAACAUUCCCCACGCGCCUCCCCCGCAGCCACUACCAUGGAUCAGCACUCCCUGCUGGCCGAUGCUUCCAGGUCGCCUGCUUGUCAUCCGCCGGUCUCCAGGAGACACCCUGAGUACCGCGGGAUCCGGUCUCGGGGACGGAAAUGGGUGUCCGAGAUACGAGAGCCGCGGAAAGCCACACGCAUUUGGCUUGGCACUUACCCCACCCCGGAGAUGGCUGCGGCCGCCUAUGACGUUGCUGCCCUUGCUCUGAAAGGUCCUGGCGCCCUCCUGAACUUUCCAAGUUCGGUCCUUACAUAUCCUAUUCCGCCUUCCACGUCGCCAUCCGACAUACGCGCUACCGCAUCGAGAGCAGCGACUGCGAGGCUCCUGAGGUGGGAUCUCGGCAUCGACUCAAACGAGCACACGGCAGCCUCGGGGCAAGAAUUCAUCGACGAGGACGCCAUUUUGAAUAUGCCGAACCUGUUAGCUGACAUGGCGGAGGGGAUGCUCUUGAGCCCGCCACGGCCGGAGGAAUCACAGGAGUACUCCGAUGCAGAAGGCUUGUGGAACUAUCUUUGACAAGAACAAAGUCAUCCAUGCAGUUACUCUAGAACUAGGAAAGCUGCACUGCUGUGGUGGAGUGAAUUUUGGAAAAUAUGCCAAUAGCAUUUCAUCGACGUGACGUGGACUUUCCUGGUUUGUCGCUCUUUCAAAGCGUGGAAUUUUAUCAGCAGCUAAUUGGUUCUUUCCAUUUAUGUG